UUUUGAUUUCUAUUUUUAUCAAAUUACAUUUUCUUAAUUGUUUUUAACUUGGUUUUCCACUUUCUACAUAAUUAGUUAAUUGUUUUCUCUUCUCCUUAAUUUACUUGUCAUUAUCAAGUGAAAGAUAAACACGUUGAGUAUCUAUUUCAAGUCUAAUUUUGUGUUCUUUUGGUUUUAAUAUUUUUCUCUACAAAAUCAGAGAGCCUAAAGAUAAUUUUACCACAAUUAACUAAUUGUUUAUUGUUUGUUUUCGUUUUCUUGUUACAGAUUAACUUGUCCAUUUUGUUAAAUUGUUUGGCCAUUGGUGAUCUAUGAAAGAAAUUCGAUUAUCUCUAUCAACAAAUUUUCGUUACAAUUUCUAAUUAUUUCCUUAAUUUUGGUCCAGGUGACUUUUGUUUUUCUACUUGAUUUUAUAUAAGAUUAACGGAUAAUCAAUACUAAUUGUCAUGGAAAACUAAUCAUCAGUUCCUGUUGAAAUUCUGAUUGAUUGUUGGUUUAACUCGUAAUCUAAAUUUUUGAAGAUUAUCUCAAUAUCUUCCAAUUCGAUCAAUUUAUCCAGUUCAUUAUCCAUGGAUAAAAGUCACUUGGAGAUUUAUAUUCACCUCAAUCAUUAGGUUUUCGGCUCGAUCAUCACAACUUAUCAAUUAGAAUUCUGAUGACUUAAAAUUUCAAAUCUUUGCGCUACUUAAAAGAAAGAGAAAUAAUUUCCCUCUUAUCGUUUGUGCUUCUUUUUGUCUUUCUUCUUGAGAAGAUUCUUAAUCAUCGUUCUGUCCUGAAGAGUUUAAUUACAAUGUGACCAAAUGAUAAUUGUUACAAAUUCUCAAUCUGAAUAUUCCUCGUGUUCAAUAAUCCAUUGGAUUAGCGUUUGUCUUCUAGUCUAUUCAAAAAUACUUUGGUAUAGUUUUCUUAUUGUAUUAUCAACCAAUUAAUCACCGUAAUAAUUGAUAACUUGGAGAGAUCAAUCAAUGGAAUUGUAGUCAAGCCAAUUAUUAUCAGAGAUUUUCUUGAUGAGAAAUCAGCUAACAAGCAAUUAAACUAUUAUUAUCUCUGUUUGACUUAAUCUUUUUGAUUAAAUGUUACUUUUUUCCUGGUUUAUUGGAACUCUAACCCAUUUGAUAAACAAUAACUCGUGAAUGACAUGGCUUUCAAAACCAAUUUAGAUACAUGGUAUUGGAAUCCGAACAUCAUUUCUCAAGAAAAUAAUCCAUGUUUACAUGAUGAAAAUUAUGCUCUGAUUGUACUUAAUCAUGGAUUAGAUGAUCUUAAUACGAAGCAAGUUAACCAUUUUGAUCGUUUAUGGAAUUCAGCUAAAUUUAGACUAUCAGUUGACGGUGGAACCAAUAAUCUAAUUGAUCUUGGCGAUUCUUAUAUUCCUGAUUGUAUUUCUGGUGAUUUUGAUUCAAUUAAAGAAUCAACUUUAAACCAUUUCAAAAAAUUGAAAGUUGAGAUAAUCAAGACAAUUGAUCAAGAUCAUAUCGAUUUUAUGAAAUCCUUAUUUAUUUUGAGUGAGAAAAUCAAUUCCAAGAUAUUAAAGAUUGAUUAUAUUAUCGUUAUUUGGCAAAUCACCCAUCGUAUUGAUCAAACAUUUGCAAAUAUCAGUGCUCUUUAUAAAUGGUAUCGAAUGGUCAACCAAUGUCCAAUUUUCCUUCUCGAUAUCAAAGGUUCACUUUCAUGGUUACUACCAAAAGGUAAUCAUGAAAUAAUCAGCAACAAAGUUUCCAAUUGGUGUUCAUUGGUUCCGUUUGCUGGAGACACAAGAAUAUCAUCAAGUGGAUUAAUGUAUAAUAUGGAUAAACUAAUCCUCUCAUUCAACGUCAUCCUAAGUACAUCAAAUAAAUUGGAUAAGUCAAUGGACAAAGUGACCUUACAGGUUGACGAUAAACCAGUCUUAUGGUCUCAAGAAUUACUUGUUUAAACACUUAUUUAUCAUCACAAUUAUUGUUAAAUCAAAAACUUAUUAUUAUUA